UUCAAUUUCUAUUUCUUAAUGGGGAAACCAACAGCCUCCUCCUGCUGCUUCUUCGCGGUUGUUGAAGUUGAGGUUGAAAUUGCAGUUGCAGUUGCAGUUGCCGUUUUGGUCGUGUUGUUAAGCAGCAGCAGCAGCCACUCGGUCCUCCCAAUAGCCGCAGCAGCUUCAAAUGAUCAAAGCACGGAUCAGGACGCACUAGUUGCCUUGAGGUCCACUAUAACAUCCGAUCCUUUGGAAAUUUUAACCAAAAACUGGUCCACCGCCACGUCAGUUUGCCGCUGGAUCGGCGUCUCUUGCGGUGGCGGUGGCAGAGUCACUGCUCUUAACCUCUCUGGCUUCGGCUUUGGAGGUACUAUCCCCCCGCACCUUGGCAACUUAACAUUCCUCGCUUCUCUCGACAUCCACGCCAACAACUUCUCCGGACCCCUGCCCGCCGAGCUGUCUUCUCUGCGCCGGUUACGCUCGUUUGAUGCGGGAUUCAACAACUUCACGGGGGCCAUCCCGUCCUGGUUCGGAAUGUUAGGAGGCCUUCACUCCAUUGCAUUGGACCACAACAGCUUCUCCGGUCGCAUUCCGCCAUUAUCACUAUCACUAUCAGGAAGUAACUCCAGCCUGCUGCAGGUACUGAGGUUAAGCUACAACUCUCUGGGAGGAAGUAUUCCUCCGGAGAUAGGCAACUUGACCUCCCUACAUACUUUGGACCUUAAGUACAACCAAAUUACAGGCCUCAUCCCACACGCCGUCUUCAACCUCUCCUCUCUUGAAUCAAUCGAUGUCACCGCUAAUCUCCUGUCCGGUACUCUUCCAAAUGAUAUUUGCAAUCAUCUUCCCCAACUCGGAGGUCUUUUUCUCUCGAGAAAUCAACUUAGUGGCCAAAUUCCAUUCAAUAUUCACAAGUGCACCAAGCUCCAUGAUUUGUCCCUGUCCUAUAAUCAUUUCGACGGCAAAAUUCCAAAGUCGAUCGGAUGGCUGACAAUGAUCCGAAGGUUGUAUCUGGGAGCAAACGACUUCCAUGGGGGAGUUCCAGUUCCACAGGACCUACGCAAUCUCUCACAUCUUCAGCUUCUCAGCUUCCCUAGCGCCUCCCUUAGGGGGCAAAUUCCAUCUUUCGUCUUCAACAUGUCUUCUUUGGAAGCGCUAGAUUUUUCUAACAACAGCCUGUCGGGACGCAUUCCAGAUGCCCAGUUUACUAACCUCCCCAAUCUCCAGGAGUUGCGUCUUCAUUCUAAUCAGCUGGCAGGUCACAUACCCAAGCAAUUUGGUAACCUCACGGCCUUGCAACACCUAUCUUUAGCCAAUAACUUCUUCACAGGUGAAUUACCAGCGGGGCUUGGAACUCUAGAUCUUGUGACCAUCAAUGUCCACAACAAUAGCUUAACCGGUGCCAUCCCACCUUCAAUGUACAACCUGUCAGCGGUGACCAUGUUGGAGCUUUCAUCCAAUCACUUCUCAGGGCAUCUUCCUUCUGCCUUCGGGCUUUCGCUUCCCAGUCUACAAGAGAUUUAUUUAAGUGGUAACAGGCUAAGUGGAAAGAUUCCGAGCACCAUCAGCAAUGCUUCCAACCUGGCCAUCAUAGGCAUGGGAUCCAACUCUUUCUCUGGCGCGAUGCCUAACCUGGGUGGUUUGAGGUUGCUGCGACGCCUCCUAAUUGGAGGAAAUAAUUUGACUGGAGAAUCGCCAAAUCAAGAAUUGAGGUUUCUGUCCUCGUUAACAAACUGCCGCCUUCUAUGGGAGAUAGAAUUUUCCCUGAAUCAACUUGAUGGUAUGCUUCCAGCCUCAAUAGGAAAUUUCUCAUCUGCACUCGAGAUUUUUAAAGCAUUUGGAUGCAGAAUAAGAGGUUCCAUUCCCGCUGAGGUUGGAAACUUGUCACAUUUGCGUUACUUGACUUUGGAUAGCAAUGAGUUGACGGGGCUCAUUCCCCCAACACUCGGAGACUUAAAGCAACUCGUCCGUAUAUAUCUGGAACACAACAAGCUGGAAGGAUUCAUCCCCACCCAACUUUGCCAGAUAGGCAACUUGGGGGACUUGUACGUGAGCCACAAUGCUCUUCGUGGCCCAAUUCCAGCUUGUUUGGGUGAGCUUAAAUCCCUCCGAAGGUUGUACCUUGACUCCAACAGAUUGGAAUCAAAUGUUCCCUCGAGCUUGUGGAAUCUGGAUGACCUUCUGGGGUUGAACUUGUCCACAAACAUGCUAAAUGGAUCUUUGUCGUCCAACAUUGGAAACUUGGCAGUCCUCAGAGAUUUGGACCUGUCGUGGAAUCAGUUCUCAGGUGAGAUCCCAACUUCUAUGGACAAAGCGGAGUCACUGGUCACCUUGUCUCUAGAGCAUAACAGUCUUCAUGGUUCCAUUCCUAGCUCCAUGGGAGACUUGAGAGGGUUAGAAUCCUUGGAUCUCUCCUCUAACAACCUUUCAGGAUUUAUCCCGACAUCGCUGGAGGGACUUGUGUUCCUUCAGUACUUCAAUGUGUCCUACAACAGACUAGAAGGCCAUAUUCCUACAGGAGGUAAAUUUACCAACUUCACGCCUUCAUCAUUCAUGAACAACUAUGCGCUAUGCGGUGAAGAUCGUCUGCAUGUACCGCCCUGCAAAGAGAACAUAAAGAAAAAAACUUCGGCCUCACUGCUGAAACGAGUUGUGCUCCCCUGUGUAUUAGCCGUAAUUAUCUUGAGUGCCGUGAGUAUUCUGCUAAUUAUGAGAAUUCGAAAAUCAAGCACAAAACUCCCUGCUGAUGAAGUAUCCUUACCUCAGUCUUGGAAACGGAUAUCUUACCUCGAACUUGUGCGGGCAACCAAUGACUUCAACGAUAGCAACCUACUUGGGAAUGGAAGCUUUGGUUCAGUAUAUUUAGGAACACUUUCGGAUGGUGCAGCCGUUGCAGUAAAAGUUUUCAAUAUAGAAUCUGAUAAGUCAGCCAAAAGUUUUGAGACAGAGGCGGGUGUGCUGAGUGGUAUUCGCCACCGGAAUUUGAUCAAAAUACUUGGCUGCUGCAGCAAUGAAGAUUUCAAGGCUUUGAUUUUGGAGUAUAUGCCGAGGGGGAGCCUGGAUAAAUGGUUGUAUGCCCACAACAAUUUCUUAGAUUUGGUGCAAAGACUAAACAUAGCAAUCGAUGUUGCGUGUGCCUUGGAACAUCUGCACCUCGGUCACACAGUCCCGAUUGUUCAUUGUGAUCUAAAGCCUAGCAAUGUCUUGCUGGAUGAAGAUAUGACAGCUCAUGUCAGUGAUUUCGGUAUCGCCAAACUCUUGGAGGAAGGCGAGUCAAUGGCUCAAACUAGAACCUUGGCAACAAUUGGAUAUAUGGCACCAGAAUAUGGAGCUCAAGGCGUGGUAUCAACUGGAUCUGAUGUUUACAGUUUCGGGGUGAUGCUGCUGGAGCUGUGCACCCGAAAGAGGCCUACCGAUGAAGAGUUUGGAGGGGAGUUGAGCUUGGAGAGUUGGGUGCGCAUCUCAUUGUAUGAAAACAACAAGAGCAUCAAUGAGAUUGUGGACGCGAACCUGUAUGGAAAUGGAAAUGGAAAUGAAGAGGGAGAGGGAGAGCGGCUUGUUGUUCUCGACCGGGCGGCGAAGGAGCAAUGCCUGUCAUCUAUCCUGCACUUGGCGAUGGAGUGCGUGGCCAUAUCGCCAGCUGAUAGAACCCACACCAGUACACUUGUGGCCACACUGGAGCAGAUCAGAGCCGCGUACAUGGCAACCUCUGCUAACUCAGGACGUCCCUAGCUAGCAUGCAUGCAUGAAUUAAUUUACAAGCUGGCUGGUAGGCCGAGGUCUACUCAUUCAUUGUUAAUACUAAUUAAAUGAUGAAUAAAAUAAAUAAAUAUUUCCCCAUGACUACUGGAUAGUUAGUAGAGAGAAAGCCAGACUUGGUGUGCUGUGCUAUAAAAAGGUAUAGCCUUUAAUUUAGAGUGUAUCAGCAGCUAGCAUAUGUGUGUGUAAAUGUGAGUUUUGAGG